CGUGGAAAUCCAAACGUCAUGCGCGCCUCAGAUCAAUAAACGCGAAAACCGUUUUUUAAAAUAAAUUGUACGCGAACACGCACCGCGUAAACGUUCCAAAUUCUCAGUGACAGCAUCCGGAAAAAUUGUAAAAUGUCCACGAACACUGACAGAACAACCUUCGUACGUCGAGCUUCACUUUCGUCCUGCUGAAAAAAAAAGGAUGUGGUUUGUUUUCUGAGGGGUUUGUAAGGAUAGUGCUGACAGAAUGUCAAACGUCAUUUGCUACGUUAUUCUGGCGAUAUUCGCCUUUUAUUUGUUGCUGUUUUUGCUGUUGGAGCUGCACUAUUUCACCAGGAUAUUUUUGUGCUUCAUUUGGGCCAGGAUAUGCAGGAAGAAGAUACACAUCCUUGACGAGACCACAGUCAAUGGAAUUUGCCUUACAACUGAUAUUGACACGCUCCUGACACACAUGAACAACGCCCGUUUCCUGCGGGAGCUCGAUUUCGCCAAGAUCGACUUUUACGAGCGUACCGGACUCUACAACACGAUCAGAAGUCAGGGUGGUUCCGUGGCUGUCGGCGCCACCACCAUCAGAUACAGGAGGUUCAUCAAACUGUUCACCCGAUACAAAAUCACCUCGAAGGUAAUCUACUGGGAUGACAAACAUGUUUACAUGGAACACAGAUUCAUUUCGAAACAUGACAACUUCAUAAACGCGAUCGCGAUGUGCAAAAUUCGAUUGAUCAAUUGCGAUUCAAAUGCUGUGAUGAACGAACUGCUGAGCAAAUCUUCCGGCAACGUUGAGAGCCCCAAAAAGGAGAAGCCGACGAUGCCGCUGUGUUUGGAGAAAUGGAUCGAAAGUAAUGAUAUUUCUAGUGUGAUUCUCAGAAGUGAGAUGUCGUAAAAUCAUACUUGUCUGUGGUAUUUUUAUUAUUAGAUAAUGUAUAUAUUUUUAAAUUAGAAACACUUUGAUGUGGUGCUAUCCUGAAUAAUCUGCAUCUUAUGCUAGUUAGAGAGAUAUCUCUUUCGCUAGGGGAUGAUUUUGUUUUUAAAAACAACUUUGGCAACUUCUAUUAGUGUGUUAAUCAAAAUGCAAAUUUAAAAACUAUGCAAUCACUCUCUAAUUAUUUUAUAAGUCAAUCAAUAUUUAAUGUUUUACGUAAAUAAUGACCAAAAAAUAUAUGUAUGUAUAGCAAAAUAUUUUGUAUUUCAGAAGUAUAUUUGAGAAAAAUAUCUCAAUAUAAUUAAUGUUACAUAAAUGAUAAUUUUAAAUGCAUUUUAGGAUUAAUUAUUUUCUUAUGGACUAAAACAAAGAUAUCCCAAUAUCACUGUGUGCCAAAUAUAUAAUAUAUAUUAACAUACAAAUUAUUUAAAUA